AUGAUGUAAUCAUUAAUAAGAUCAUAAAGCAGAAUGACUAUUAUUCAAUCACCUAAAAAAUUUUUUACUAUUUAAUUAAAAGAACUUCCAGAUGAAUUGAAAUUAAAGAGAUAUUCAAACUUAACUAGUCUAUCUAAAUCAUAAAAGAAUAUUCUUAAUUAAGGAAAUUCUAAUAAUUAAAUGCUUUAAUUAUAUUAAAAUCUAAUUAAUCUAUUUCCAUAUGGAAUAUUGAUUAUAAAUUAGAAUUAAAUAAUAAAUUAUAUUAAUAAUAAGUGUGAAAAGAUAUUAGAAUGUUAAGGGAGUGAAUAAGUAUUGGAAAAAGUAAAAGUGUGUGUCAACAAUGCUAAAAUGCAAGAUAAUGUAAGUGAAACAUCAAAUAUAUAAUAAAAGAAAUAGCAUCACUAUCACUUACUCUAAUAAAUAGCAAGAAAGUUAUAAUUAACAAAUAAUCCUGUUGAUAUUUUAGAUAUUAUUCUUUCUCCUUAGAAAUAUUUUAGUAUAUUAGGAUUAAAGGAAAUAUCAUUAUAGAGAGAAUACUAAGCAUCAUUUAAUUAAUAGAUUUUUAUUUAUGAAUGGCUUCUUUAAUCUGAAUUAUUAUCAAAUAAUUCUUAAAAGAAAUUGAAAUUAAUAAUUAUACCAACUUCUAUGACAAAUCAAUAAUAAGAAUAUAUUUCAGCUUCUUCUUAAAUUAAAUCUUCAAGUAAAAGUCACAUUUCAAAUGCGAAUAGUGACAAAGAUAAUCCUGUUUUACUCAUUAUAAUUAAGAAUGUAACUAAUAAAUACAAAUGUAAAUAAAUGAGGGAUGAAUCCAUCAUUAAUCAUAGUUUAAUUAAAUCAUUUUCCCAUGAAUUAAGAACUCCUUUGAAUAGUUGUAAUCAAAUGUUGAAUCUUAUGAAAUAUGAAUAAACAACAUAAGAAUUUUAAGAUUAUAUUAAUAUAGCAUAAUGUUCAAUUACUUUAUUAAUUCAUUAAAUUAAUGAUAUUUUAGAUUAUGCUGCUCUUUAAUCUUAUUAAUUUCAUUAUCAUCUUGUUAAUUUUACAAUUCAAUAGAUUAUUGAUGAAAUAGAACAUUUAUAUAAACUAUAAACUUAAUAAAAAAACAUUACAUUUAAGAUUAAAGUCUCAAAUUAUUUAAUAGGAAGUAAUUUUCGUAAUGAUAAACAAAGAAUAAUAUAAUUAUUGGUGAAUUUUUUAAAUAACUCAAUUAAAUAUACUCAUGAAGGAGGUAGAAUUAGUUUAAAUAUCAUAUAAGAAUGUUAAUAAUACAUUAAUUUUAAAGUAAAGGAUAAUGGAAUUGGAAUAGAUGAACAUAAACUGAAUUAAAUUUAGAAUAGUUUACAUGAUACAAUAGAAUUUGGUGCUGUAUUAAAAUCUCAUUCUGGCAGUAAAUAAGCUGGUUUAGGUUUGAUUAUUGCAGCUAAACUCAUAGAAGGUUUGACUGAAUCUAAAGAUAAUAAAUUAAUUAUUACUUCAAAAAAAAAUAAAGGAACAAUAGUUUAAUUUCAAAUAGAAGAUCUAUAAUUAUAAUCAAAUUUUCCAAAAUAAUAAAAUGAAUAGAUGAUUCAUUAAGAAAAUCAAUUACAUAUAUAAACUCAACACUAAAAAAAUAUUAUAAUAGUUCAUAAUAAUAAUCUAAAAUUUGAAAACGAUAAAAAUUUCCAAGAAGUAAAAUCAGAGUCUUUUAUGACAUUAAGACUAAAUGAUUCUGAAAAGUAACAUUAAAUUUUACUACCUAUAAGUCCAGAUUAUUUUUCAAAAAAGAAUCUAGAUUAUUAUAAUAAUUUAUAGAAAUAAUUUUAAUCGGAUUUCUCAUAAAAAAAAGAAGAAGAUUUAUUAUGUUAAAAAUGUGUUCAUAUACUUAUUGUAGAUGAUAUUCCUUUUAAUUAAAUAGCUUUAAAAAUGAUCCUUAAUAAAUAUAAAAUUACAGUUGAUUAAGCAUUUGAUGGUUUUCAAGCAGUUGAAAAAGUUAAACAAAAAAUGUUCAAACACUGUUCAAUCUACAAAUUAAUUUUUAUGGAUAUUGAAAUGCCAGGAAUGGAUGGCUUUCAAACAAGUAAAUAUGUAUAAAUAUCAAAUAAUAAUUUAUAGAUCCUUGAAAUAACUUCUAAUUAAACUUUUAUUGUGAUAUGUUCUGCAUAUGAUACUUAAGAAAACAUUCUAUAAGGUAAAAAUAUUGGAAUCAAUACAUUUAUUUAGAAACCUGUUAAAUAAGAUUAAUUGAAUGUAGUACUUAGAACAAUAUUUAAAAUUGAAACUAAUUCAAAUUUUAAUUGA